UAAUAAGACAAUUAUAGGUUAUGAUAAAGUGAUAAACACAAUUUAAAACAGAUAAAAUAAUUCUUCACAAAGUUCUCUGAAAACAAAGGUUUAUUAUUUACACAUCAGUGGUAGAAAGUUAUGUUUAAUUAAUAAUGUAACUGCUGCCAAAAAUACGUAAGAUUGUUAUUUUUAGUUAGAUAUAAUUAUUACCUGUUUUAUUAACUGAAACCAUUUUUCAGUCAAAAAGUAUUUUUAAGAUGAAAAUAUUGAUUGUUUUUUUACUCUGUAUCCUGUCUCAAGUUUUAUCACGGCAAUGGGUUGAUCCUCACGAUAUGAAUACAAAUGCAAAAAAGUAUUUGAAGAGGUCAUCAAGUACAGGAGGUUUAACUAAUAGAAGAGAGGACUGCAAUGUAAAUAUUGAAGAAAAUAAUUCUUUGAUAUAUCUAAAACGAGUCAUUAAUUUGCUAUUAAAUUCUGCUAACAUAAAAAAGGGUGAUUCGUUAGAAUACCGAGGACAUAUACAUUUCAGUAUUAAUCAUGAUGAUUUAAAUUUUUUAAAACGUUUCACUACUGUGCAGGAUGAAAAGAUCGAAGAUCUUAGAAAGUUGGAUGGUAUUUUAAGCAAGAGCUUGGAACGAAGCUAUUUGGAUAUCAUUUCUAGUACGUUUUCAUCUGCAGAAGAACAAAUUUACCAAUUGAUUUCCAGUCCAAAUUGUUUACCACUAUUGGCUCUCAGUUUCUGCUUUCCUUAUAUUGCUUACAACUUGUUUAAAUCAAAUUUUUCCGUAUGGCUCGCCUUCCGUUACUUUGUAUUGAUGGUUGUCAUGAUUGAUUUUGUACAGAGGUAUCAACAACUAUCUCAGGAUGCCGAAGAACACAACAUGAAUUUGAAAUAUUCUUUGAAAUGUGACACCACCAAAAUGACUUGGACUGAAUAUUUUAAAUUUUUGACAAGUCAUGAAGAUUGUGAAAAAAAAGUUGUGUCUCUUCUUGAGGUUGGUUUGAGUCAAGUGAAAAGUGUAAUAAUUAUACCAUUAUCUGCUGUAGGAACAGGGAUGGGGAAUUUUGCCUCAGAAUUAUGGGAGAAUUUACCAUUUCCAUGGAACAUAAUCAUUUUUCCUGCAAUGCUGAUAUUCUGCGCCAUACUUACCGCCAUCUUUAUGACGACUAUAAACAAUACGCCAUUUAAAUUCAACAUAAUGCACCUGCUUCAUUUGGAGUUUGGGGACAAAAAACAGACUAUUACAGGCAAGACAUUGGAAAAAUUGUUGGACGCCGUGAAUCAUAGACCGAUGUUGCAGGAGGUGCAAUCUGCCAGCAAUAAAACUUCACCAAGAAGGAAGGUCAAAAGUGCUAAGGAUGCAUCACCUAAUAAGAACAAUGUAGCUAAACCAGUUAAAAAUGUAAAACAAAUUGAAGCAAAUCAGCUAUCUAACCAGGAAAAACCUCAGGAUUUUGCUGAGCAAAAACAGUCAAAAACUGUAUGUGAACAAGAUAUUGCAGGAAAUAGCGAUUAAAAUUACGUGAUCAAAAACUUUUAUUAAUUUUUUGUUAAAUAUUACAAUUUUUUUUACAAUAUAGAUUUUAACAAUGAAUGUUUUUUUUUUUAUUUUCGGUUUCUUUUCCUAUUCUUGUCUUUUAUUAAUUUCCAAAAUUUUAUUCUUGGGGUAGAAAUAUACAAAAAUUAAAAGAAAAUACACUGCGAUUAGAAAAAUAAGUUUAUUUCAUACAUGUACAGCAUGUAAUUAAAACACUUGGCCAUACUUUAAUGGCCGAUUCUAUAACACAAUUUAACAGGAAAAAUGUACACCUAUCAAGAUACAGGGUGUUUAAAAUUAAUGAAAAUAUGUCAACCUACCAAGAAAAAAAAAUUCAGAAUUUUUUUUUCUAUGAACGUUUUCAAAUAAUAUAUUUGACUGGUUAUAAACUGGUUUUUCUUUCUCUCGCUCUCUCCCCUUCCCUCUUUCACCCUCCCUUUCGCCCCGCCUCACUCACAAGUCAGUGGACAAAAAUAUUUCCAGUGUAAAUUGUUCAAAAGGGUUUGAAGAACAAAACUAAUUAAAACUUUUUUAUCAUGAGCAGUAUAUGUUGGAAGAUUUUUAUCUCCCAUAGCUGUAAAAAGAUUUGUAAGUAAUAAAAAAUUCAAGCUUUAUGCCAAGUGGGACUAAACAUCGAAUUAUUUUUAAAUAAAGUAUUUUAAAUAAUUAUUUUUAAAUAAAAUUAAUGUUUGUUCAAGCAGUUACGUUAUGUAUGAAAGAAACUAUUAUUUACAUUAGCAUCCUUUAACUGUUUUUUUUUUGCAUCUCGAUGGACACUGUAUAUUUUCAUUAAUCUCGAAAAUAAAAUGUUUUUGAACACUUAGAGCAUGUCCCCACACAGAUGAAACGACUUGUAUGAUAAUGAGAAAUGCUGGUAUUGGAAACUAGCCUCCAAAGAUUCAGCUUGGCUUGUUUGUG